AUGGCCGCCAACCCAGGAGAGGAUCCCUCUACUCGCGGGGAAAUUGAGCGGCUGCGCGAUGCGGGAGAGCUGACGGAGCUGCAGCAGCGCCUGCAAAAGAGAAUCCAAUUUGGCACCGCUGGUCUCCGGGGUCGCAUGGCAGCGGGCUUCUCUUGCAUGAAUUGUUUGACUGUCAUUCAGGCAUCGCAGGGUCUGGCGAUGUACUUGAAGAAGCACCAUGGUGAUAUUGCCUCCUAUGGCGUCGUUAUUGGCCAUGAUGCUCGCUACAAUUCCGCCAAGUUCGCCGCUCUGGCCGCAAACGCUUUCAUCGCACAGAGGAUCCCGGUCUGGUUCUACUCCGAGCCUUCUGUUACGCCGACGGUGCCUUUCGGUGUAACCCAACUGCAUGCUGCUGCAGGCAUCAUGGUUACGGCAAGCCAUAAUCCAGCACAAGAUAAUGGUUACAAAGUCUAUUUUAAAAAUGGCGCCCAGAUCAAUACCCCCAUGGAUGUGGAGAUAGCUCGAUCUAUCGAGGAGAAUCUGACGCCCUGGCCCAACGCUUGGAAAGACUUGCAGCCCGGUGAAUACUUGCGCCCCAAGGCGUACGACAACCUUCUGCCACACUACAACACAGCAGUAUGGCAAUACGCUACAUACACGGUCCGGGAAUGGAAGCAGCCACAGCCAUUUGUGUAUACUCCUCUGCAUGGUGUAGGAGGCCUGGUAUUCCCCAGCUUGUGCCGUUCCGUUGGUAUCAAAGAUUUCACUGUCGUCCCAGAACAAGAAGAACCGAACCCCGACUUUCCCACGGUAGCUUUUCCUAAUCCCGAAGAGGUUGGGGCAUUGGAUCUCGCGAUGCGCACCGCGGACCGGGAGGGUAGAGAAUUGAUUAUUGCACAUGAUCCGGAUGCAGAUCGCUUCGCGGCUGCUGAGAAGGUCAAUGGAUCGUGGUUCUCCUUCACCGGAAACCAUUUGGGAGUACUGCUUGCAUCGCACCUGUUUGAUUCCUUGGAGACUAUCGACAGCGACACACGAAUUGCCGUGCUGAACUCGACCGUCUCUACGUGCAUGUUGGAGAAAAUGGCAAAGGCCAAGGGGAUGCAUUACGAAGAAGCGUUGACCGGGUUUAAGUGGAUGGGCAACAUCGCGCGGAGACUCGAGGAACUCGGCUACUAUGUUCCAUUCGCCUUUGAAGAAGCGCUUGGGUACAUGUUUCCGGAGGUGUGCUACGACAAGGACGGUAUUUCCGCCGCUAUGGUGUUCUUGCUAGCCCAAGCCAAAUGGAAUGCUCAAGGGCUCACCCCCUAUACGAAGCUUCAACAACUCUUCAAGGAACAUGGGCACCACGAGACUCUCAACACCUACGUCCGUUCGACGAACCCAGAUCUUACGAUGGACCUCUUCCGAAAAAUCAGGUCCGGACCGUUCGGCGCCGGCAAGUCCUUUGGUUCCUUCAACAUCCAGCGAUGGCGAGACCUGACGGAGGGUUACGAUUCUGGAACCGAGGACCACACGCCCACACUUCCGGUUGACAAGAACACCCAGAUGCUGACACUAUGGAUGGAUCGGGAAGUCAGAUUCACCAUUCGUGCGUCGGGCACAGAACCUAAAGUCAAAAUCUAUAUUGAAAGCAGCGGAGCGUCGCAAGACCAAGCCGUCGAGGCUGUCCGUGACACAUUCCUGACCGUUAUCAAAGAAUGGGUCCAGCCUUUUGCUCCAGGCAUGACUUACAAUGAGCAACAGGUUACUUCCUCGGGCAUUAAGUUCCAGGUCGGCGGCUCCCUUUCAGCUCUAAUGCAAGGCAUCACUCUCCAUCAACAUGGCCACUCCAUCCACAUCCUCGAACAGAGUCCCACACCAACUCCCGUCUCGCACAUGGCCGGCGUUAGCAUAGGUCCAGACGUCCAGACGUUCCUGUCGCGCUUUGACCGCGUCUCCCACAUUCCACUGGGCAUCCCAGCCACGCAGCUUCAAUCCGUCGACCACUCGGGCCAACCGAAGCCCUUUUUCCGCCUUCAGCGCAUCAUGACCUCCUGGGAUGCCUUGUAUUUUCGUCUCCGCGCCAACUAUGAUGGUCUAGCCAGCGACUACAUCCCCAACCCUCCAGAUCCCCUCUCUACCUUACCAGACGAAUCCUCAUGCGACGCACGAGCCCGCGCACGAUACGAGUAUGGCCAGCGAGUCGUCGACAUAUCCGAGGUCCCAUCGACUGGACAGCUAGCUAUCGUCACAGAGAGCACCAGCAGUAGCACAAGAGCCACAACGACAUACACAGCAGAUCUAGUCCUCGGCGCUGAUGGCCCACGUUCCACCGUCCGCCAACUUUUCUUGCCCCCCUCCCCUCAAGGUGACAACAAAAACCACCGCAAAUACGCUGGCUACCUCGCCUGGCGCGCCAUUAUCCCCGAAAGCCGCAUAACCCCUGCCACCCUCGCUAUCUUCCAGUCCAACAUCAGUUAUCUAAUUCGCAAACGCCCCACCCACGGCUCCCACAUCGUCGUCUACCAUAUUCCCGGCCCCAAUGGCUCCAUCACCCCGCGUACCCGCUAUCUCAACUUCUGCUGGUACGAGAACGUGCCGGCGCAUGACCUCCCAACUCUCAUGACAGACAUCCAUGGCGUGCGGCAUCACACCACCGUAGCGCCGGGCCUGGUACCGCCACGGAUAUGGGACCUACAACGUGCACAGGCAGCAGAGGACAUGUUGGAUUUCCCAGCUCCCUUCCGUGAACUUCUCUCGCUGAUUGAUGCUCCGUUUCUGCAUCUCAUCACGGAUUAUCCGCCGGUGGAGAGGACAUGUUUUCUCGGUGGUAAGGUGAGGUUGGUGGGCGAUGCGGUAACACUUAUGAGACCGCAUGCAGCGUUUAGUACGAAUCAGGCGGCGGCGCAUGCAGCGCUGAUGGGGAGGUGGUUGGAUAGAGGGGAAACAGCUGGUAUGUCGGAGAGGGAGUGGGAGUAUCAGGUUGCUAGGUCGGCGGAGUUGCAUUGGGCCAGGAGCAUUUGGUAUGGCGAGUACCUUCAGAAUUGGUCGAUGAUGAGUGCCGUUUGGCACGGUGCGGUUAGGUAUUGGCUGCUGGCGGCCGGUUAUUGGACCGCGGUCUGA